AUGAACACAAUUGUCCUUCGGAUAGAGCCGUUAGAUUCGGCGGAAUAUGCUAUUUUGGUAGAUUUUGUUUUGACUAUUGGAGAAGAAACGAUUGAGGUGAAACGGGAUCUUUGGGAGCCCGGCAAGAAAGUAUUGGAGAAGCAUACAGCUAGCAGUGGACCAUUGAAUCUCAUGGUCUGCACCGUUCAGCUGCUUUCACCAGUUGAUUUGAGUCGUCAGACAGCAUACAGGAACUUCGAAGUUCGAUGUGGUCCGUACAAUUUCUUCGUUGACUUGCGAACACUUGCAGAGCUUGGUGGUCCACUUUUCAGUAGUUGGAAAGUAAAGCAGGAAGCAGGUGUGGAUUUUGUCGAAGUUACUGACAUCUCGCCCGAAGAUGUGAAGACACUAUUGCAUGCUACAGCUCGAUUUGGAUCGAUCGUCAUUCAUAAGCAAGUUUUCCUCAUCUAUCAUAAAAGAGAUAACUAUUUGGUGAUGAGUAUUUUGGCGUCUCAGUACCGUAUGCUUACCGUAUUACGUGAAGUGGAAUCGUAUUUGAUAGUCGCUAAAAUGCCAUUGAUUCGGAAGUUGGAGUUUGCUGCAGAACUUCGAAUGGCUAGACUUUACGAUAUGACGAUGAGGGAAAUAGGUCCAAACGCUGUGGAGGAAAUCCAUCGAUAUUUGCGAGAUAACGGUGAUCGACUACAGGAUUUGCAUUGGACACUGCGAACUGCUCUCGGGAUCAAUGCGGAUUACAUAUGUAUACCCUGA